AUGGCGACUCAACCAGACCACGCCGGCUUGGAGGUUGAUCCCGAUGCGACGGCACCCGAGCUUGUUCCUCAAUACGAUCCUUACGACCAAACCAAGGGCUAUGGAGCAGCAGCACAGGAUCAUCCCUAUCCCUAUCCAGGCCAGCCGGAGCAAAAGCCAAAGGGGCCCUUUGGCACAACCUUCUUGACGUUUGGUAUCUUGGUGGCCGCAAUCACGGCCAUCAUUGUCGGAGGUGCUCUGGGUGGCGGCCUAGGUGCAGCACUAGCCAACUGCCAAAACUCUGAAUCUUCUGUCGAAGCUCUCACCCAAACAUCUGCCUGCCCGACACCAACAGCUGACGCGGCGGCCACCGAGACCAAUAACAACGGCACCUACCUCCCCAAACUCUACAACGAUGUCAAGAACCUCACGAUCGACUGCGACAGCAAGGGCUUCAAAAAGUACUUUACCACCCCUGGAGGCUCCAGGUUCAAGUGGUACUGCGGAGUGGACGCCAGGAAAUCAAAGACAAAUAGCAUCAGAGACAUCGGCGUGGUCAUUGCCUACACCAUCGAGGACUGCGCUUCGGCGUGCGCUCAGAUGAGGAACGCUCCCACAGGUGCUGGCGAGGACCCUGUGGGUUACCCUUGCAAAGCCGUGGUGUUCGACCGGGGAAUGGCAAAUGCGGUGGAAAAGUACAAUGGUAACUGCUGGCUCAAGUCGGACAAGAAAGCUGAUGAGAAUGAUGUGAGAUGGGUCUACAAUCAACCUCAUCUGUCGUACGCCGAGAUGACAACAUAA